CGUGCUCUGGUCCAUGGAGUCAUGAAGAGUCGGACACGACUAAACGACUAAACAAUAGCUGUCAACUUUUCUCUUUUCUUGCGAGGAAUCCUAUUCUGAAUAACGGAAUUUCCUUUUAAAAAAGGGAAACGUUGACAGCUACGGAUAGGAAGGCGACCUCGGAGGAGCCCGCCCGCGGGGUUUUUCUGACACUCCUCCUUCUGACUAGGAGGAAGCAAGAGCGGGACAAGACUGAUAGCUAGCAGUAGAGCGGGUUGAGCUCCUGCUUGGGAAAAUCAGAUGCAGGAAGACGCCCCUUCGAACGUGCUCGCGGCAAUCACGGGCUCUGUCCCCGCCGACGAGUCCGCUGGUGUCGAAAGCGGGGUUCCUUCUCUACGGACGCGACACGCCACGCGACCGAGAAUGCGGGCGGGCGGCCCACAGACAGAGGACAGAAAUCGGCGCAGAGCUUCUCUGCCCGAGGGAAGAGGAAGUAGCAGCCCGGUAAGGAGAGAGGAGUCGGUCAGGGCCGUUGGAAGAUCUCUGAGCGCAGGCGGUGGAAUGCGGUGGACGUGGCGGCACCAGAUCCUCCCCGUCUAUAGCCCUUCGCGCCGUUCCGUGAGCGCCCCAGAGACUUUGGAGGGGCAGGGCGCAAUGGGGGAGAGAGGCGCGUUGCAGAGAAAAAAACACACCUUCUCGGAGGAUGCCCUGGGCCUUGAAGGAUACCUCUCUGGCACUUAUGACUCUGAAAGGCCAAGAGCCCAGCUGAGGCAAAUACACAUCCCCUUGUUCGGUGCUCUGAGCUUUGAAGGAUACAACCCUUACGUCACCAAUGAUCCCUACAAACCUGCUGACAUCUAUGGUGACUUUAACUCUGGGAGAGAAAACCGCUUCCUUUCAGGCAUCCAGGUGGGGAACUGCAAUACCCUCUGCUUGAAGAAGUCUCUGGCCCCUGCGGUUCAUCCUGGGAACUCUUCUGAAGAGGAUUCUGGGCUCCCAAUCAAAUCAUUUCUGCUGUCAGGUCACCAUUUGACCUAUAAUAGAGCCAUCUAUGGUCUCCUGGCGUGCACCCUGGAGAGUUUAGAUGAGUCCGAGCUAAAAAAGUUCAAGGGCGAACUCUGCCAUUUCUACCUUCCGAUGGGCGAUCUCCAGGCCACCCAGGACUGGCUGCAGGAACGUGGUGCUUGGACUCUCUGCCAUCUGCUGCUCAGACACUAUGAUGUGGAUGGUGCCGUGGAGGUGGCAGCCAAGGUGCUGAAGGCCAUCGACUGCCAGCCGCAUGCGGACAAGCUUCUCCGUGGAAGGGCAAGCAUUCCUGAGUUCUCAGUGCAAGUAUCAGAAUCCCCUCUAUUUGCAGAGAAAGGGCAGUGCCGAAAGACAAGUCCUGCAAAUUCCAGGAAAAGUGUAUUUUGCUACCAGUGUCUUAGAGAGGUAAAGGGCUGGACUCAUCCUGGUUUGUAUUAGCCCCUAUUAACACCUAACUUGUGAAUUUGAAUUUCAAGCUUAGGUAAGUUUGUGGUUUUGCUAUUCAACACGAAUUACAGUGGUACC